AAGGGUGGUACAUGGGAGCAUUCAUUCGAUAUCCAUUUUCAAAAACUGUGGAUGGAAAGCUGUCAUCUGGCAAAGGAAUCCAAUCAUUUUAUCCACCACUGGAGGGGGGUUCAUCUCGUAAGUUGUCAGAAAUACGUGAUCUUAAAAUAUAAUUUCUCCGAGCGGUCCGCACGAACAACCCCUAAGAUCCUCGACGAUGCGCGCCGGGCCUGUAAAUGGUGUACCCAAAGCGAAUCAUUUAACUUACACUUGCAUCUCUUGUAAUAAUCUAGCCUCAUUACACGGUACCGUCAAAUAUGUACAAAGUUGAGAUACCGUCCGAUACACUUCGUGACGCGGCCAUACGACGACGGAGGCAGCUUGAUGAGGAGCGAAAGCAGAGGAUCUUUGAUCCCAAGAUCAGAGUGCUAGGAAUCGACGUAAAAUCAUUGGACGACCAGAUUCGCAUUAAAAAUGAGGUCAAGAGAGCAGAAAAAGAGAGAGAUGCGAGUUUCGACCGCGCAAUGCGACAAACGAAUGCAAUUCUUCAACAUCUCGACGCGGAAGCAGCAACCAAAUGCCGCGAUCAGCUGAAAGCCCUUAAUGAAUAUCGUACUUCUCACCAACAACCAUGGCAGCGACGUGAAUAUGAUUUGUACAAUCCCAAAGCACUCAAAGCGGAACAGGUAGUGGACGAUGAUAGCAAGAUCGGCGCCAGCUCUUGUCAGAAAUUUGAAGGAGAAGAUUUGGCUAGUACGGAGAGGAAGAGAUUACAACAAGAGCAGAUGAAAACUUGGGCAAAACAGAGUAUUUGGGAAGGACGAAUGAGAAGAUUAAAGGAAAGUGAAGAGCAGAGGCGCUAUGAAGAAUAUCAACGCGAUGUCGACGAAAAAGUCCUGGCUUUACAGAAGGCGACACAGGAUGCUCGCGCGGCUCAAGCGAAAGCAGACAAAGAACUCAACCUUAAGCUCGCCGAGUUCAAACGCUUACGUGAAGCCGAGCAGCGACGCUUCGAGGAACAGCAAAACGUUAAGGAACUUAAUAGCCAAAUCAAUGGAGACUUCCUUACCGAACGGCCAGAUGUUUUUAACAUUGGUGGUGGACAUCAAGUACGAGUGGAUGUCUUUAAGGGUAUCACACGCGAACAAAGCGCCUACAUCAUGCAAGUCCAAGAACAGCAGCGUGCGGAAGCCCAGGCUCAACGCGAACAAAAAAGAAGGGAAGAGGAACGAUUGGCAUCACAGGAAGCAGCGAAUACUCGCGCUGCAAUGCUUCUAGAACGUGAAAAGGCACGCAAAACCCGAGAGGAGGCCAUUCAAAUGCGGCUCGCAAACAAGGCAAAGUCUGAGGAGGAUAAGUUGAGGAAACACUACUUGGACAAAGUUGUCUACACUAACAAACCUACGGACGACUAUUUUGCCCAGUUCAACACGACUAGCCGGUGAUCACAACUGCAAUGCAUAAAGUAGAUACUGCUCAUCUGCGUUGUUAGAGAAUACAAAGGGGUUCUGCCAGCUGCCAGUAGUAUUCAAUGUGACGGUUGUUAAUACGACAGCAGAACAACCAAAAGAACA